GUUGAAGCAUAAACACAUAAACAAUUGGUUUGUGAGCUCAAACUGCCUUUGGCUGGCUAAGCAAGGGUGGUAUUUGAUUAACUUUCCUGACAUCUGAGCUUUGAGGUAUCCAGAGCCUUGAUCCUGAAUUCCCAACGAGCCCAGGAUCUUGAGCUGGAACCUCAGGCUUAAAACCUCCAGGGGCUUGGUUUCAAGUCCUUACCUCAAUUCCUUCCAGGCUUUCAUCUCAAUUUGCACCAUUUCAUCAGUACCCCACAGGCUGAUGUUACAGAGGUACUGAGGGUGGAUGGUUCUCAUGUUUGGGGAUAUUGUAUUCAGCUAGAUUUGGAAAGGCUUGCACUCUGCUUCAGAAAGAGCAAGUUCACAGCUUGGGGUGGGGGUGGGGUCUUCCCUGGAUCAAGCUCUGUCUUUAGAGACCCAUGUCACCCUCUGUGGCAUGGAGUGAGUUUUACCAGCCAAGACUGAUUCAGCAGCUGUAACCACUGCUGGAGCGUUUUGCAAAGGUUGCCCAUGCUUUAGUAAACUCCCAGGUGAAUUAUUUCAAUGUGCCAUAUGUGGGCUGCCUUCAAAAAGAGCUUCUGUUCAGAAUACAGAUGCUAUAAUUUUACUGGUACAGUUUGUCCAGAUCCCAUUUCUCAAUUUUUUAACAUGUAUUUUAAGCUUCACUAGCCUUUUCCCAAGCCUUAAGCCUUAAAUAGCCUGGGACUCCAAUACUUGAAGGUGUACCUACUCCCAUAUUAACCUGCCUUCAUUCUAAGGUCAUCUGCUGAUGCUGUUCCCUAAAACCUCCUCCAUCAGAGAGGCAGUUCUCAACCAGAGAGCAAACUUUUUUGGCUGUGCAUCCCAUUAUAAAAGUGCCUUUUCUAAAGAAGCUUCCCUGGUUCCAGUUUUUAGGUGUGAGGCAAAAACCAUUUAACCACUUAAGCAUUUUAAGUACUCUUUUGGAUUUUUACAAUUGUUUUUGGUAUGCUGUUUUUAUUAUUCAUUUGUUUUAGUGCGGUAACCCCCAACCCGGUGCCCUCCAGAUUUUUGUUGGACAACAUCUUCCAUUGCUCCUAGCCAUUGACCAUCUCUGGCUGGGGCUGAUGGCGGUUGGAGUGCAACAACAUCUGGAGCACACCACAUUGUGGAAAGCUGUUUAGGAGUAUAACCCCUAACUCCAGUUGCUGCCCAGCAGGACUUAAUGAAGCAGUGCAUCUGCAGCUCUGCUGCACAUGCCAGCCAGGGCAUGGAAGGUGGAGAGCAGGUAAAUUUCUGCACUAGCCUGGAGCCUAGCAGAGCUGGAUAGAGUGACACUGCACCCCAUUCAACACCAUACCCAGUGGCAAAGGAGUAUGGUUUGCUUUCUUCUUCUUCUUCUUCUUCUUUCUUUGGCGAUCACUCAUAGCCGAGUAAGAUUGUCUUCUGUAAACAUGGUUUUAACAAUGAGUCUAUAAGUGACUGUGGAGGCUAAUUCUGGACCCACACAUCCUUCCACAAUGGGAACAUUGGUUCCCAGGCGGGAGUUGAUCACGGUGUGGAUUUGCCAAGCGUGCCUUCCUCUUAGCACGUUUCUCCCUUGCGUUCUGAGUUCAAGUGUCUUCAAAGCCCAUGACACCUUUGGUAAAGGCUGUUCUCCAACUGGAGUGCUCACAGGCCAGUGUUUCCCAGUUGUCAAUGUUUAUACUACAUUUUUUUAGAUUUUCCUUGAGGCAGUCUUUAAACCUCUUUUGUUGACCACCAGCAUUACGCUUUCCAUUUUUAAGUUUGGAAUAGAGUAGUUGCUUUGGAAGACGAUAAUCGGGCAUCUGCACAACAUGACCAGUCCAACGAAGUUGUUGUUGAAGAAUCAUUGUUUCAACACUGGCGAUGCAUUCUAACUUUCUGCCUGAUCUUUUAUAUUUCUGUAAACUAAUGUUGGAGUCAGGUGUUUUUUUUAAAAAAGUAGUGUAUACAUAUUUUAAAAUUGAUGAAUGUAUAUAUUUAUAUAUGUACUUUUAAAAAUAUUUUAACAUUAGCUGGAAAACAACCCAGUCCUGAGACAAAGAAAAGGCAGAACACUUGUCAAAGAAGAAAUUGUGGGAGCCAAAGCAGGAUGGGAGACUGGAAAGCCUACAUCAAUACAGUCCUGAAGGACAAAAACAUUGAAGAUGUAGCGAUCGUGGGACAUUCUGACAACAAAUCUGUCUGGGCUUCAAAGCCAGGAGGCCUGCUGGCCGCCAUCUCUCCCCAGGAAGUAGGAAUAAUUAUUGGGCAGGACAGAAAGGCAUUCCUGCAGACUGGGAUCACCAUAGCAGGGAAGAAGUGCAGCGUAAUCCGAGACAACUUGUUAGUAGAGAAAGAUGCUGUGAUGGACACGAGAACCAAAGGUGGCGACAGCAGAUCCAUCUGUAUUGGGAAGGGUGCCAAAGCGCUCAUCUUUCUCAUGGGCAAAAAGGGAGUCCAUGGAGGGGCUCUGAAUAAGAAGGUGCAUGACUUGAUAGCGAACAUGAAAGCAAAAGGCAGCUAGAGCCAAGGAUUUGUCUGGGUCACCUUUCUCCUGACUGAUGAAACGUGGGGAAACUAUUGCUGCUUUGAAAUAAAAAGCAUUUAGCAAACUCCAU